UUUUCAUCUCAAGGCCUGUGUUUGUGUGUGUGCACUCGUGCGUGUGCGCGUGCACGGGAAGACCUAAACAGCGGCGGCGGAUGGUUCUCCCACUCAGCGCUCCAGCACUAAACAGAGGAACGGCGAUCUCCAGCCUCCGCUUUCGUACCGGAGCUGUUUGUCGUGUCUCGCGCGCGGUGUCGGGAUAAACGCUGUUGAUUGGUCCGCUGCGUUGUCAGCGCGAGAGCCAGCUCAGCGAUUAAAAUCUGAGCGUUCGCGUGCGUUUGUGAAGCUUGUUUGGAUUUGCUGACCGACACUAAUUGAACGUCACGAGACGCGCGCGCACUGGACACCGCUUGUUUCUAAACGCGACGCUUUAUAGGCCAGCAAAACUAAACUUCCACACCUGCACGGCUCCAGUGUUUUCCCCGGGAACGCCGCAGAUUUUCCGACUGAAAAAAAAAUCAGAAAAAGAAAUCCCGAGCGAGGUUUUUAAGCGUAUAUUAAUCCGGUUUAGUUAAAAGCAGGAUCCGGUUUCAUCGCCUGCUUCCGUUAGUGUUGGAGCGCACGCGCUAACAGCACUGGAAGAUGUCCGGUGAAGCAGUUCUGGUCCCGGAUGACCGAGCGUUCAGUAACUUCAAACACGAGUGUGUGUCGGAUGAAGGAUGGAAUCUGACUUACAACAAGUCCGGCAUCACGGUUCUGAUCCAAAUCCUGGAGGAGGAGAAGUCCCUGCACAAAAUCAAGUGUCGGAUGGUGUGUAAGGACAUUUCUGCAGAAACCAUGUAUGAUGUGCUCCAUGACAUUGAUUAUCGGCGAAAAUGGGACUCGAACGUGAUCGAGACCUUUGACAUCGGCAAACUGACGGUGAACGCGGACGUCGGCUACUAUUCCUGGAAGUGUCCUAAACCUCUGAAGAAUCGUGAUGUGAUCACUCUGCGUUCCUGGCUGCCUAUGGGGAAUGAUUACAUCAUCAUGAACUACUCCGUCAAACACUCGAAAUAUCCCCCAAAGAAGGACAUGGUGCGGGCCGUCUCCAUCCAGACGGGUUACCUCAUCCAGAGCAAUGGUCCUUCCAGCUGUACCUUAACUUACCUGGCACAGGUUGACCCUAGAGGUUCUCUCCCGAAGUGGGUGGUGAAUAAGUCUUCCCAGCUUCUGGCUCCUAAAGCGAUGAAGCGUAUUGCGCGGGCGUGUGUGAAGUACGGCGAGUGGAAGCAGAAGCACAGUCCGGGCUUUAAGCCGUGGCUUUACCCGGAGCAGAGUCGUCUGAGCAGCAUGGCUCUCUCCGAGCUCUCUCUGCAACACGCCGACUCGCUCGAGAACAUCGACGAGAGCGCACUGAGUGAGAGCAAGGAUGAGCGUGCUGAACACAGUGAUGAUGACUGAGACACACACACAUGCAUAUAUACUGACACACACACACACACACACACACACACACCCACGCAUAUAUACACACACACUCUUAAGGACAUUAACAUGAAGCACACAUUAAGGACACUAAACAUGACACAUGUAGAGUACAAAUGCAGAGUAGGGAGAGGGAUAUGAACGCGCGCGCGCACACACACACACACACACACACACACACACACACACACACACAAUGUGUUUGAUUCAUUAGUGAAUUAGUGAGCUGUCGGAUCUACAGUGUGAGUGUUACAGGAGAAGAUUUAAUGCAGCAUUGUGUUUAACCAAUCAGGUGAUCAGGAACAUGGUCCAACUGGAAACCUUUUAGUGUCUAACAAUACAGAAAAGUAAAUCAUUUCAAUCUCUUUGUUAUCCCUCUCCUUCUCCCUCUCCUUCUCCCUCUCCUUCUCCCUCUCCUUCUCCCUCUCCUUCGGAUGAGGUUUCUUCCCUUGUUACAGCAUGUAGUGACGCUCUACAAACACAGAGGGCACUGUGAACACACGCAUACGCACAGAGUUCUGUAACGGUGCCACUAAAGUGAAAAUAAAUAAAUCGGAUUUCUGUCCAGGAGUUUUGGCAA